CGUGUCAUCGUUAUUGCUUUAUCGCACUAUCGUCAUCGUGUCAUCGCACCAUCGCUCUAUCGACUAGUACUUUCUAUAACCGGAUAACAUUCCCAGCAGUCAUUGCACAACAUGGCGUUUGUUGACGAAAAGAUUCAAGAAUAUUUCUUUAACGGAUACGAUAAUAAAGAAAUCAUAUUCCUUCUUUGGAGUAAUUAUGGUGUGAAAAUAAGCUGUAGACAUUUGAAAAGGCGCAUGACCAGACUUAAUUUGAGAAGACGGAGAUCAUACAAUGUGGAUAUGGCAAUAAGGGCUAUUCAGGAAGAAAUGAUGUUCAGUGGACAGACUCUUGGGUGUCGUUUGAUGAAACGAAGACUUCUUCAGAAACAUGGCAUCUUUAUAGGAAGGGAUAACAUGUUGUGUUUAUUGAGAAUAAUCGAUCCUGAUGGAGUUGAUCUAAGAACAAGUCACUGCUUGACAAGAAGAAUGUAUCUAAACAAUGGACCAAAUUAUCUUGCACAUGUUGAUGGGUACUACAAGUUGAAGCCAUUUGGCUUCGCUAUACAUGGUGCAAUGUGAUCAAAUCUAGAAAAAUCGUCAGUAACAUCUACAUUUUGAUGAAAGCUCAUUAUUUUUAAU